AUGCCCCCCAACAGCAGCAUGGCAGCGGGGGAGGCUGGAAGGCAGCAGGGCCCAGCAGAGUGGGGUGGCAAAGCAGGUGAGAUUGCGGGCAUGGUGGUGAUCCAGUGCAUCUAUGCCCUGGUGUGCCUGCUGGGGCUGCUGGGCAACUCCCUGGUCAUCUUCGUCAUCCUGCGCUAUGCCAAGAUGAAGACAGCCACCAACAUCUACCUGCUCAACUUAGCCAUCGCUGAUGAACUCUUCAUGCUCAGCAUCCCCUUUGUGGCCACCUCAGCCGCGCUGCACCACUGGCCCUUUGGCCGGGCGCUGUGCCGCACCGUCUUGGGUGUUGAUGGACUCAACAUGUUCACCAGCGUCUUCUGCUUGACCGUCCUCAGCCUGGACCGCUACAUAGCUGUGGUGCACCCACUGCGGGCAGCCACCUACCGCCGGCCUCAGGUAGCCAAGAUGGUCAAUGGCGGCGUGUGGCUCCUCUCCUUGCUGGUGGCUUCGCCCAUCCCCAUCUUUGCCGGGACGGCCACCACCCGCGACGGCCAAGCAGUGGCCUGCAACCUGCUGUGGCCAAGUCCAGCGUGGUCAGCUGCUUUUGUGGUCUACACCACCUUGUUGGGCUUCUUGCUGCCAGUGUUGGCCAUGGGGCUGUGCUACCUGCUAAUAGUGGGGAAGAUGCGGGCGGUGGCACAGCGCGUGGGCUGGCAACAGCGCCGGCGCUCCGAGGGCAAGCUGACACGCCUGGUGCUCAUGGUGGUGGCCAUGUUUGUGGUCUGCUGGAUGCCCUUCUAUGUGGUGCAGCUGGUCAACCUCCUGCUGCCCGGACGCCUGGAUGCCACUGUCAACAAUGCCUCCCUCAUCCUCAGCUACUCCAACAGCUGUGCCAACCCCAUCCUUUAUGGCUUCCUCUCAGAAAAUUUCCGGCACUCCUUCCACGGUGUGCUGCGCCGCUGCCUCGACACCAGCCUGUGCUGCUGCCACAACAGGGACAGGGACACCGAGGAGGAUGAUGAUGAGGAAGAGCCCCUCGACUACUGUGCUGCUCCCCGGGGGGAUGACAAGGGGAAGGGCUGCGUGUGCCCACCCCUUCCCUGCCAGCAGGACCCUGUGCACCCCGAGCCCUGCUGCAAACCCGGCCCUCUCCUCACAAAGACCACCACCUUCUAG